GCACGCUUGACGCUCGGCGCGCUGGAAGCUCGUCAAUUAAGCAAUUGUUAUUUUUCGAAUGGUACCCUCUGAUAAAGUUUAGGUACUUACUCGCGUGUGGUGUUUGAUUAAACGAGGUAAUUCGAGGAGGCCUGGUAAUGGUACUGAAAUUCGAUGGGAAGAUUGGUAUUUUUGUUAUUGUGGAUUAGGUAGUACCGAAUUGGUGUUAUGAUGAAGGAUAAGUGUUUUUUGGGUACUAACUGCUGCUGGUACCGCUAUUCGGAGUGUAUUCAUCCGCUCUGACGUUCCGUAAUUUCAACAACGCCAAACAGUUACAGUUUUACCGUGGUUCUUAUGGUGAUGUGCGUUGGGUUCCUGCGAUUUAAUUCAUCUUACGUUUACGCGAAUCAAGAUGUCGUUGGGCGGUGUUUUUUCGAGUGUUCUUCUUCUAAUCAGCGGCCUGUUGCUGUUCGGUUCGACGACGAGCGGCCUCGUUCCAGACACGUCCACAGCCAGGUACAAUUUCCUCGAAGAAGUAAACGCGAUGUUGCCGAAUCGGCCAAAAUCAGGGCGGGUUUUGGGGGGCUUCGAGCGCCCCAAUGGGCCCCGUGUAACUGUCAGUGGUUCGAAAAUCGAUAGAAAUUACACGAUUUCGAUCGAUAUUAACGGUACGAAAUCGAUUUAUUCGAACGAAAUAGGUAAAAAAUCGCCCGGUAGUACCUCCAAAACGUACGUUAAAUUGAAUCUACCCCUUAAUAAAACAGAUACGCCUCUGAUAAAAGUUGAUACAACCACUGUAAAAACGAAAAUUAAAAGAAAAGACCCCUCGAAAAUUAAUAAUAAAUUAGUUAUUGUAGGUACUAAAGCGACCAAAUUAACAAAAAUCGAUACACAAAGCGUAAAAUCGAACGACAAAAUUAGUAAAUCAAACGGUACUAUCGUCACUGGCACGACAAAAAUACAAACAAAAUUAACGAAUAAAGAUAAAAGUAAAAUUAACGAUAAAUCAUCUACAAAAACCCCCACAAAACUAAUCAGUACCGUAAAAAAAACUACAAAACCGAUCAAAACCAAAUCGAGUACCAAAACCAACAAGGUACGACCGGUACUAACCGAAUGGAAAGACGCCUCCGACAUGUCGGAAAUCAAGCAAAUCUGGUACGAAGACACAGUACCAUACCCCAACCCCAACCCCACCAUCUCAUCCCCCUCCCCUAGCGUCGCUCUAUCCCAACUAUCCGACGCCCCAGCGACGCCCGACGUCGCCCAAGACGCCCAAAUCCGCCCGGAAAUCAGCUCCUUUUCCCCCCCGUACGCCCUCACCGGCGUACCCGAUCUGGCGCCCUCCAACCCCCCCGAACAGUACCUUCCAUCGAACCCCCUCAACACCUUCAAGCUGGACAUCGCCCCCGACGAGGGGGCCCUCUCCCCCUGCCCCUCCGUCCACAUAUCCAGCGCCCUGAUGCCCGAGCAGCGCCAGGACUGCUCCGACAUCAACCUGGUGAUCAACUCGCACCUGCACCAGAACCAGAACCGCCUCCCCGCCGCCGAAACCUACGAUUCGCCGGUACCGGAGGAAGCCGAGGCGGUGGAGGCGGCGGAGCCGGUGCUGAGCGACCCCGGUACCGCCGCGCAAUCCGCCGUUUCCCAAGCCGGCCCGGGGGCGGGCGGUACCGGCGGUUCGGGCGGUUCCGGCGGUUCCGGAGGCGACAACGGCGGGUUCCAUUUCCCCGAUAUGAAGCAUCUCUUCGAAGCGGCCGGGUACUUGUGGAACGGACUCGGGAAGCUCUUCGGUUUCCUCCGGAACCCCUAUCUCUAUAUAGUACCGGCCGUGUUGUUCUUCGUCUUGGGGUUCCUGAAGGUGCUGGCCCUCUUCCCCUGGUGGAUACCGUUGUUGUUGUUGUACGUGAGCGUGAAGGGGGGCGGCAAGAAUCACCGGAAGGCGGUGAGUUUCUACAAGCACGAGCACCGGCCGGUGAAGCACCUGGACGGGUGGUACUGGAACCAUCGGACGAAGACGUGGCGGAACGUGGUGGACGAGCGCCAGCGGUACCACCACAGGAGGAAGGAGUUCGACGGGGUGGAUUACGACGAGGGCGACAGUUUGUCGGGCGAUUUGAGCCGGAUAUACGGGAUAUAUCUGGACGGGGGCGGGAGCGGAGGCGGGGGGAAAAAGAAGAGGUACUAGUCGGCUAUGAAUUUAUCUGGAAUUAUUCGUUCUGGAUGGGUUUAUUGUCCAGUUAUAGAUUUCGGAAAAUUAAGCGGGUUGUAAUGUAGAUUGAUCCGGAAUUGGAUGGAUAAUAAGAGGUACUACUGGCAGUACUGGUAGUACUGGUAGUACUGGUAGUACCUACAUUAAAAAUAGAAUACUCAAAAAAAUACUCACAGGUAGGCUAUGGAAAUAAACAAAGGCGUAUCCGAACGGGGUAUUUUAUAUCUUCUUGCCACCAUUUUUUUUAAUCGAUUGAAUCGAAUCUUUUUUUAAUCGAUUGAAAUCAAUUUUAAUAGAAAGAUACGAAAUAAUCCUAUAGAAGAGUAGGCUAUGGAAAUAAACAAAGGGGUAUCCGAACGGGGUAUUUUUUAUCUUCUUGCCACCAUUUUGUUUAAUCGAUUGAAUCCAUUUUUUUAAUCGAUUGAAAUAGUAACAAAAAGGAUAUUAAAAAAAUUGCGGUAAACUAUAUUUAAUAUAAUCGCCAAUUACUGUAAAUAUUUGAGAUUUUAACGAGUGUUAAACCUUUUGUUGAUCAUUUUAUUUAGCAUAAAUAAAUUUAAAUGAGCUAAUUCAAUAGGAAAACAAUAAUAAAAGAUGUAUACAACAAAAGGUUAAAUUACUAUCGAAUUCUAGUCGUUUAUCUAAAUA